AUGAGUUGUGUGAAAAUACUCCUGGUUUCGUACCCAUCACUUGGCGGCGCAUCCACAUUACUAACGAGGAAUUUGUAUACAUACCAAUUUGUUUUAUCUAGCUUUACAUCAUCUUUUUCAAUUUCAUUGGUGUAUCUUAAACUUGCAUCCACCAUGUCAAACUUGCACAAGACGUUUCUUAAAAGAAUCAAAGAACAAGAAUCAGCUUUGGGAUUAUCAGGCUUAGCCUCUCCGGAACCAGCAAUACAUCCUACCAACAACACGCCAAAGAAAUCUAAUCCUAAAGACCAAGAGAUUCUUGAAAAAUAUCACGAAUUUAAAAAAUCACAGUUCACGGAAGAAUUUUAUGAAACAGAACAAGGAAAUAGAUUUAAAACAUAUUAUAAACAGGCAAAGAAUUUAGAUGGAACUGUUCUUGUUUGUUUACAUGGAGCAGGUUCUUCUUCUAUGACGUUUGCUAAUUUAGUUAAUCAUAUCAAAGAUGAUUCGCUAAGCAUAUUCUUAUUUGAUAUAAGAGGUCAUGGAGAAAGUACAAAUACCGGGAACGAUUUCUCAAUGAGUACAAUGGUUGAGGAUACCCAAUUUGUAUUAUCUACAUUUAUUUCCAAACAUCAACCAAGUUCUUUGUUCUUGUUGGGACAUUCUUUGGGAGGAUCCAUUUUUGCCAAAUAUGUAAAUGAACAUCCUGAUGAUAAAAUCAAAGGGUUGAUACUAUUAGAUAUUGUUGAAGAAACAGCUGUUCAAUCAUUGAAUGCUAUGCCACAAUUUAUUGAAAGACGUCCAAAAUCAUUUGAUUCCGUAUUUCGAGCCAUUCUGUGGCAUAUGAAUUUUUUGUUAUUUAAUGAACAAUCAGCCGAGUUGUCAAUUCCUGAUUUAUUUAAUAAGGAUUUAACAUGGAAAACUGAUCUUUCUAUUACACAACCAUAUUGGGGUUCGUGGUUUACGGGAUUAUCGGAGAAUUUCUUGAAUUUCAAAGGUGCAAAAUUAUUGAUUUUAUCUACUCAUGAAACUUUGGAUAAGAAAUUAAUGAUUGGACAAAUGCAAGGUAAAUACCAGUUGGUUGUAUUUAAAAAUAAUGAAAAAUCAGGUCAUUUUGUACAUGAAGAUUUACCAAAUCAUGUUGCUGUAUGUUUAACUGAUUAUAUCAAAAGAGCUAUUGCUCCUGAAAAGUUUAUGAAGGAAGAUUUAGGAAUUGUUCCAAAAUGGGGAGGAAAAAUACACAAAUAG